AUGGCUGAAAAGUUAUUUUAUGAAGUUCAUGCCAUAAGAUACCCCUUCACUUUGUGUUCACUCAAUCAUGAUUUUCCUACAGUAGACACAACAUACCGUCCAGACUGCACUCAUAUUAAUCAUAUCUAUACUAUUGAGCCAAAGUUUAAAAAUUCAGAUGCCAAUACGAACAAUGAUUUCGAUAGCGAUGAACGUAAGAUCGGCAAGGCAAUGGCUAGUUUACGAGUAGAAUCUAACGGACAUACCUUGAAUAAUCAUUUUGCUCAAAAGCUUACUAAUAGCGACUCCAAAAUGACUUUAACCGAAGACACAAAAGAUCACAAAAUGGAUGGCCAACAGAUAUUACAUUGCAACCCUAUUACCACUAGUGAAGACGAAUACUCACAAGAUGAAAGCAAUGGCGACCAUGCUGAGGUAGAACCUGUAAAAGAUCUCGAUCAGGAUAGUAGUCAAGCAUUGAAUAAAGAGGCAAAUACAAGCACUAAUCGUUUUAUAUCCAACAACAUGAGUGGAUAUUUAUAUUUAUGCCCAAAUCAAGGUCAAGACGAAAAUGAUAGGCAAAAUUAUACUAAAAGAUGGUGUGUAGUAGGACAUCAAUCAUUUUAUUUAUAUGAAACAGUUUAUGAUACAGCGCCGCCCGAGAAUAUCUACCGUUUAGACCAUUGCCGAUUAGUAACAUGUAAUGAAGUAAGAAGAAUUAAAAAUAAUACUAAGCAAGCCACCGGGGAGAAGAAAUUAUAUGUUUUCGAGUUAAUGCAUCCCAACGGCCGAUUGGUCUUAGGCGCAUCCAAUAAAACCCAGCAGGACAGUUGGGUUAAUGCCAUUGAGAGCGAAUUUAGUCAACUUAGCGCUGCAUCUGAAGAGGAUAAUAAUCAGCCAAUAAUAAAUCAAAAUGCCGGAGAUGAUACUACUGUAAUUAAACCAAAACCGAGUAGAAAUCAUCGCAAGGGAAGGUCUUUCUUAUAUCAACGUCGUCCCUUAACUCUGACAUUCGAUCCGUCUGAAUCAGUUGAUGGUGAAAAGUCAUCCAUUAUGAAGAAUAGUCUUUCAUCUCCACAAAAUAACGUCAAUGGAGAAUCUAAAUUGUUUCAUCAUCAAGCAGUGCAAGGCUCUUCUUGUUAUGGCUUUUUAGAAAGAAAAAACGCAGUUGGUAAAUGGACAUCGUAUUGGUUCACACUAUCUUCAAUGACUUUACAUUGCUAUAAGGAGCCGAAUGAUGCAGCUCCCUCUGAUUCUCUACUUCUAAGGGGCUAUGAUGUGAGAGCUGUUGGUAGUAGAAAUCAUCGUUAUAUAUUUUCGUUAAGUACGGGUCUCUUAAAAACAUACUAUUACAGCUGUACUUCACUGGAGACAAGAACCAGUUGGAUAUAUGCAUUAUCGCAAGCAAUUAUGGAAGCAAGCGGUAAACCUAAAGCAAAAAAGCUAAGUAUAUUAAGGAAGAAAAAAAGAAACAACGAUAAUCAAUCGAUUUCAGACAAUGCAACUAAGAAUUCAUCAGAAAAAGAAGUGGAUAACACUGAUAGCCAACAUCAUGAUCGACAAAAUGAAGCUCAUGACGAAGCAAUGCCGCAGCAGCUACCGCUAGAUUCCUUAGCUGAUGUAACAAAAUUAGACCAAAACGAUUACCAUGCUUUAAAGCCGAAUAAUUCUGAAAUCAUAUUGACCACAGCAAGUGAUUCGACGUCGAUACGAAAACAAAAUUCAAACCCGAAUAGUCCGCAAUUAGUCGCCAAAGGCCUACAAGAAUCACGUAUGGACAAACAGCAAUCAGCUAAAGAAAAGUUGGUUUCUCAGUUAAAAGCUCAAAAAGAAAGGUUAAUUAAUUCGCUGAAUAACUCUGAUAUUCGUUUAUUAUCACCGUCGUCCAAUGAUGCUUCCCCUAUUAAAGAAUCUGAAACGGCUGAGGUUCUUAGCAUCGAUAACAUAGAGAACGAAUUUCUAGAGAAAGUCAGAAGUAAAUCUAAUACUUGGAGAUUACCAUCACCCGUCAGUGGGACUCCGGAAAUUUCUGUUAUCGAACAGUAUAAUGCAGCCAUUGAAGAUGAAAAUCAACGUGCAGCUCGAUUUGAUACUCAAUACAAGAAAAAUCGAAAUUCAAUCAUGUUAAAGCGUGAUGAAGCAACAAAACAUUUAAAUAAUAUUAAGAAAAUAAUAAGUAAUCAGCAUCAUCGCCAUAUUGGUAGUACAAUUAGGAAGCGUACAUAUAGCCAUUCCAAAGCAAACCAUCAGCAAGAGUCGAAUUGGUCUUCUAGUAGCCCAGUGCAACGAAAAAACAGCUUAGGUAGUCAAGACGUAGCCAUAGGAGAUUCUAUGGAAGUUACCAUGAAAAAAUACGAAAAGAUAAGCAAUGAAUUAUUACAAAUGGAUAACGAAAUUGAUCGCCUAGAUACGGCAAUAAAAACUAAUAGAAAGCAACAAGACACAAAUGUCAAUACACUUACUGUUAAAAGAGAGGCUAUACUGGCUAAGAUUAGGGCAAAUACUAAAUAA